UUUUAUGCAACCAGUCUUGCUUCGGAGCGAGCGAACCCACUGCCCCGGCCUUUGACAGACGGGGUAACGUGUGCAGUGCCAUAUCGUUAUUGUCCGCCGUCGUCCGUCGGCCGGUCUCUCCGCCCGUGUCGUGCGUGCGCCCGCGGUCUCAACGGCGCGCGAGGGGGACCUGACGAUUCCGGGAUUCCCCGCCGCGGUUUUUGAGGCAGGUCACGACGGACCCUGCCUACGAGCCUGGCGUAACAUCCUACCGCCGCCGUCCGUUUUCCCGUGCGCGCUGUGACUUUGCCGGCGAGGCGAAGACGAGAGCGAGAGCGAGGAGGACUCGGCGCGCCUCGAAAGGCGACGACGAGACGGUGGUGGUCGCCCGUUGUAUUGUAUAUCGCUCCCCUUGCCAGAGCUGCGCCACACGUACGAGUCACGAUCGCACCCCGUAGUGGUAACAGUGUGUAGGCUCGUGUCUGCCGAGAGAGUGUCAGUGCGACGGCGGUCGGUGGUGUCUCGACACAUAUACACACACACACAUACACGGGUGUUGGUAUUAUCCGCGUGUACUGUGUGUGCGUGCGUGCGUGCGUAUGUGCGUGACGUGUGCGUAAAGGCAGGAGAGUGCGACCGCGGGCCGGUGGUGAGCGUGCAAGAGAGAGGGACGGGCGCGACAGCGAUGCGGCCGUGAAUCCUCGAUACGUGGCUACGUUCACGCCGCGUGUACUCCGCACGGCGCAACGACAACAACGACAACGACAACGACGUCGAGGACGACAAAGACGUCGACGACGACGACGACGACGACGGAGACGGAGACGGCGACGGCGACAACGACGGUGGCGGCGGCGGCGACGGCGGCGACGACGACGGCGGUGACGACAACAACGACGUCGACGUACACGACAACGUUGGUCGGGCAGCUACGAUCGGAGCGACAGAAAAAGGCGCGCACUUACACGCGCUCCGAAUUAUCACGCAUUCACAUAACCGCAACGCGUCUUCUGACGCGUGCAGGUUCCUAGCUCGGUCGACUUCUUCGACCACCUCCUCCUCCUCCUCCUCGUCGUCACUAUGGCGGACGACGAGGUUCUCUUCGACGAUGUUUACGAGCUCUGCGAGAUUAUCGGCAAAGGACCAUUCAGCGUCGUUCGGAAAUGCAUUCAUCGUCACACCGGGCAGAUUUUUGCCGUAAAAAUCGUCGAUGUCGCGAAGUUUACCUCUAGUCCUGGGCUCAGCACUGCGGAUUUGAAACGAGAAGCUACAAUAUGCCAUAUGUUAAAACAUCCACAUAUUGUAGAACUGCUGGAAACCUAUAGUUCUGAAGGAAUGUUAUACAUGGUAUUUGAAUAUAUGGACGGCUCUGAUUUAUGCUUCGAGGUCGUAAGACGAGCAACUGCUGGAUUCGUAUAUAGCGAGGCAGUUGCGAGUCACUAUAUGCGACAGAUCCUCGAAGCGUUGCGUUACUGCCAUGAGAAUGACAUUAUUCAUCGUGACCUGAAGCCGCAGUGCGCCCUUCUGGCUGGUAAGGAAAAUUCUGCCCCGGUGAAGCUGCGCGGUUUCGGCGUUGCCGUACAACUCCCGACCUCGCAGUCUAAUGGCGUUGGCCUGAUCUCUUCGAGCUGUAAUUUCCCUUUUGAGGACCUGACCGACGCCGAGGAUUCGUUAGUGAGCGACACGGAGGACAAUAUCGGUCGAGUCGGAUGUCCACACUUCAUGGCGCCGGAAGUGAUCCAACGACGACAAUAUGGGAAACCCGGUGACGUCUGGUCGGCCGGAGUGCUGCUGCAUGUCCUGCUAACUGGUACACUUCCGUUUGUCGGAUCUCGAGACAGGCUGCGAGAAGCGAUCUGUCGGGGGCGGGUGCAGAUGGAGACACCACUCUGGGAUCCCAUCAGCGAGCCAGCGAAAGACCUCAUACAGAGAAUGCUCACGACCGACGUAAAUCAUAGGAUCACUAUCCAGGAGGUUCUCAAUCAUAAGUGGCUCAGAGAUCGUGAUAAGGGCGCAGCCCGUAUACACUUAGGUGAUACUAUAGAAGAGCUUAAGAAAUUCAAUGCGAGGCGAAAACUGAAGGAUGCCGUAAAAGUAGCCGUCUCUUCGUCGAAAUGGCACGCUCCGUAUUCAGAAGCUAAUGGCGACAAUUUCUCUGACGUUGGCGAUGACGAGAUAACUACAGGCGCUGUAGCUGAAAUUUUGGAUUGCUUGGAUGACAUUGAGAUUCUCGAGGAAAGUGAUAGACUAUUGCGAGCAGAAGUUAUUAACACCAUCGAUGAUCAUCGACUUCGAGCUAUCUUGGAGCUUUAUGACAGAAUCUCAGGUCGUGUACCAGCGCAGUAUCGAGCACCGCAAACAGAUGCGGUCCAACGUGCUCGCGAGGUUGAAGAGAUUCUUCGGGAAGCUGAGCAUUCGGCGGUACGAAAUAUUGAUAGAGCCGAUCUUCGAGAACUUCAUGAAUUAUUGGUUCAGCCGCAUAUGAGGGCACUUCUACAAGCUCACGAUGUUGCCGGCCACGAGGUCUACGGCGAGGAAGCCACCAGGGUAACGCCACCGCCGCUCCUCACGUAUUUAAAUGGCGGCGACGAUCUCGAAGGACAAAACGGCGAUUUAGAUGAGAAAAUCACUCGCGUUAGACUGGUGCAGUUCCAAAAGAACACGGACGAGCCGAUGGGAAUUACGCUAAAAAUGAAUGAGGACGGGCAAUGCUUCGUGGCGCGGAUUAUGCACGGUGGGAUGAUCCAUAGACAAGCCACUCUUCAUGUUGGCGAUGAAAUUAGAGAGAUCAACGGUAUACCAGUUCAGAAUCAAUCCGUUAAUGCCUUGCAAAAGAUUCUGCGGGAGGCACGUGGAUCGGUGACUUUCAAGAUCGUGCCGUCGUACAGGAGUGCGCCGCCCCCCUGCGAGGUACAAUUGUUCAGGAUUAAGCCUCUGCCAGUGUUAAUUUUCGUUCGAGCGCAGUUCGACUACGAUCCGCUGGAGGACGAACUCAUACCAUGCGCGCAGGCUGGGAUUGCUUUUAAGACCGGUGACAUUCUGCAGAUUAUCAGCAAGGAUGAUCAUCAUUGGUGGCAAGCGCGGAAGGAUAACGCGGCUGGUUCCGCGGGUCUUAUCCCUUCGCCUGAACUUCAGGAAUGGCGCAUCGCUAGCAUGUCUAUGGAGAAGAACAAGCAAGAACAAGAUGCUGAAGGAGAAGGUGGAUGUUCUUCUCACACCGAAGGCUGCGACGGCUCGACAGUAAAUUGCUCAAUAUUCGGCCGGAAAAAGAAGCAAUACAAGGAUAAAUAUCUUGCAAAGCACAACGCUGUUUUUGACCAGCUGGACCUGGUAACCUACGAAGAGGUCGUGAAGCUUCCUUAUCCUGCCUUUCAACGGAAAACUUUAGUAUUAUUGGGAGCACAUGGCGUCGGUCGACGACAUAUAAAAAAUACAAUUAUUUCCAAGCAUCCCGAUAAAUACGCUUAUCCUAUUCCGCAUACAACGAGGCCUCCACGAAGUGACGAAGAAAAUGGUCGUAACUAUUAUUUCGUAUCACAUGAUGAAAUGAUGGCAGAUAUAGCUGCUAAUGAAUACCUCGAAUACGGUACACAUGAAGAUGCUAUGUACGGGACAAAGCUAGAAACUAUUCGCAAAAUUCAUGAAGAAGGCAGAAUGGCCAUAUUGGAUGUUGAACCGCAGGCACUGAAAGUUUUACGGACUGCUGAAUUUGCACCUUACGUCGUUUUCAUUGCUGCACCAGCAUUUGCAAACGUUACGGAUUUCGACGGUAGUUUGGAGCGUCUGGCAAAAGAGUCGGACAUGCUGAAACAGGCGUACGGGCAUUUCUUCGACUUGACCAUCGUAAACAACGAUCUCGACGAGACCAUCGCCCAGCUGGAGGCCGCGAUUGAGCGCGUCCACACGACACCACAAUGGGUGCCCGUCUCUUGGGUCUACUGACAGCGGUCUUCGCCGAUUCGUCACAUCGUCACCACGGACUGUAACGGUUCAUCGAGGAUGAAACAGUGAUCGCUGGCGCCGUGACGAUCAUCGUACCACGGUCGUCCCUCUCGUUGCGAAGGUACGUCAACAGCUACCGGUGUUCAGCAGGAAUAUGCCAAGGUCACCCACGUCACGCCAAUACACGUGGAACGUACCAGCAAACGUACCAGCAAACGUAACCGCCGCCGAUCGGCUCGACGGUGAAAACGAUCGAAGUGCGUGACUAUACGAUGGCCGUGUGUUCAUGAAUUUUUUUCCAUUGCUGCGUAUUGUUAUUACCAGUUACGGGAUACGAGAGGGAGACCAGUGAUGUAUCGAUAGUCAUCCUAAUGUCGAUUGAGCAUUGCCACGGCGACCAUCUGCUCACCGAAGCGUUGGACUAUCCAGAAAUGGAAUGUGUCAUCAUCGAGCACGACGAAGAUCAGUGUGACGGCAAGGAUCGUCACGUGCGUCUAAAAACGGACGCUUUUUUCGCGGACCACCAACUCUCUCCUGCAUCUCCUUCUCCCUCCGUUCCGUCUUCCUCUCCCUCAAAAUUUCAGAGAUUAAAGGAUAAGACAAGAAGCACCGAUCAGCUGGGAACUUCUCUUAAACGAGACUGUUGAACGAAUGCGUUGUCUUUCUCUUCUACUUCGCGCAGUCUGUCGCUUUUUUCGACACAUUCCUGGCACGAUUUCGGCGAAUUCGUACACGAAUUUCUUGCAGUUCGCACACUUAAUGCAAUCGCGUUUACUAUGAACGCGAACUAAUGUGCAGUGAUACGGUAACGCGAUAACAAGCAUCAAAGCAUGUCGCGCAGAAUGUGGAAAAACAAACGAGAAACAAUAUAGCCGUUCGUACUUCACGCAGACAUCAAUCGAACGACUGCAUCUUCGUACCCUUUACUUGCGGAAUCUAUCGAUUUUCCGUAAACUGUACUUGCCUCCUAUCGUACUUUAUCGUAAUUACUUAAUGAAAAGAAAAGCUAGAGAUCGUGCGGCAUGGCAGUGCCCAUGAAUACAUAUAUACAUAUAUGUAUAUAUCUGUGUAUAUGUGUGUGUGUAUGUAUACAUAUAUAUUAUGUAUGUAUAUAUAUGCGUAUGUAUAGCGAAAAACGAAGGUCUUGUCGCAAUAAUCGAAAUCCACGUUUCUCUGAUUGUUCAGCUAAAAGAGAGAAAGAAGAUAAAAUAUGAACUGGUGUGCUGCCGGCCGUCCGUCAUUUAAUUGUAACUUUAAGCAGUAGAGAAUUUCGCCGGUUUCGUCUAGUACUUCUGCUAAUAUCUAAAGAGUGUUCAUCUCUUGUCGCGGCUACCUCUACCGCGGCGAGAUCUAUGCGUAUGCGCGAGCGCUUCUUUUGCCUUUUAUAUCUUUUCCGAUCGAUUCUCGUUUCUUUUUUGUCUUCCUCUCUUUUUCACUUUCUCUCUUUCUCUAUCACUCACUCUAAUCAUUCACCAAGCUUCUUUCACCUUUCUACUUUUGACAAUCGAGACCGCCGUGCACUCGCCCAUCAUUCGUCGCUAUCGUUACUCACGUGACAUUCCCGGUCGUAAAAUCAAAGAUGCACCGCGUCGACUGACGAUCUUGUAUUUUCUGUACGCAGACACACGAAACCGUACCGCACAUCCCGGACGAAUGCACGGACGGCGGAUACCGCUCCGGCAGUGAGAAUUAUACAGGUGGCUUAUUCUGGAGCACUUGUAUGAUUGAUUAAGUUCGUACAAAGCAUACACACACAUUCACACGUACACACAUGCACGCACGCAUGCACGCAAGCGCACACCCACAUACAUACAUAUAUACAUACGUACAUACAUACACAUAUGGGCACACGUCAAAACUACAAUGUCACUCGGUUCGUAUUACUUACACCCUCGUACAAAAGCGCAUAAUCGAAUGACGAACAAAAAAUGCGGAUUUAUUAUAGGAUAUUUAUAAAACGUAAAAUUCAGAUAAAUAGAUAGUUUACCAACUAUAUGAAAUAAAUAAUGAGGACAACACAUCUCUUCAGUAAAGAGACACACACGUACAUUCACGCAUCCUUACACCCACACAACUACUCACAUACCUAUACACACACAUGUAAUACACACGCACAUAAUACAUACGCACGCAAUCGCAUGCGCGCGAGUGCAGGUUUACAAUAUACAGAUUUAACAAUUAGGUAAUUAAUUUACAAAUAAUUAAAAAAAUUAAAUGUAUGACUAAUUAAUAUUAAAGAAUUAUUAGGAGACUAAUAGGUGAUUUGCAUAUGCAUAUAUGCCCGUAGAACGAAGGAAUGAAUGCGUGUGUAUAUGUGGACGUGGUGUGACAGUUGAACAUUGCAUUUAUCGCGAAUCUGUUUGAGUUUUGGCUUCAGUCAAUCUGUCCCUCUCUGUCUCUCUCUCGGUCGCCGCAACGAUCUCGAAACAUAUAGACGAAUUUAUAGACUCGUGUCUCACUCCCCCAAUGCGUUCUUCCUAUUAUGCGUGAUCACGACAGGACGAUACGAAGCCGGUCGUGGCAGAAGCGCUCGAUUAUUAUAUAUUUCAGAAACGCAUAUAAACGAAGGGGAGGAUCGCGACGUCUCGUCGACGCAAUGUCAUGUUUGCGAGGACCAGUGAUUCGGACAGAUUUGAUUUUCACAAAGCCAGAUGUGAAUUUGCCGAGUAAUACUCGUGCGAUAAAAAGAAAAGGAUUGCCCGUCGGUGUGAUAGCGUUUGUAUGCGAAAACGCGUGGAGCAUGAGUCACAAGUGAUUUUGUAAUAUUUCUUAUAAGUUGUAGCUGCCAUAUCCAUAAUUAAGUAUUAGGUGCGUUGAGUGAUAAUCUGACGACGACUGUUAUGCUAAUGAUAGUGAUGAUAACAAUGACGACGAUAAUGAUGAUAAUGAUGACGGUGAUCGUGAUGACCGUACGUGCUGCCGCACGUAUGUCUCAGUUAAUUUGGAUGAUUUGUGCUAAGAUAUUGAGAGAGACGACGGGUCUAAAGAAAACAAUAAAAAGUUCAUUACAAUUAUGUAAUUAUAAAUAAGAGGAAGAGACGAAGAAUAUUAUAACACGUUGUUAAUUGAAUUAAUAAAAUUAGCCCAAAGUAA